CAAACUAAAAAGAGUUAAUGGAAUUUUGGUGACUACGGUAAGAAAUUCAGCCCAACACAAAUAAACGGGGUCAGCCAGCUCAAAACGGUGAGGAAUCCAUCAGCAGUCAGCCGCCUGUUGCUUGCCAUUUUUGGUUGGAUUCCCUAUUUCCCCUUCCCCUUUCUCCCUCCUCUUCCUAAUCUGAAAUCCGUUCCUUGCCCGGCUGAGAUGCUGGCCGACGAGGCAAAAGCCUUGCUAGGGUUUCCCCCCGAUUGUCGCCCCUCUCCAUCUCAGGUUAAAGCUGCUUAUAGGACAAUGGUAUGGGAAACUCAUCCAGACCGCUUUCCUGCUCAUGAAAAAUCAUAUGCAGAGUAUAAGUUCAAGAUGAUUUCUGAAGCGUACAGCUGCUUGUGCUCUGGUGCAAGAGUACUGAACUCCUCCCAAGCAGGGGCAUACUCAUAUGUGGUCCGUACGGGAGGCGUUCCAAGAGCAAAUGGAGGGAGGAAGAACCAUAUGCUGGUUGGGGUUCCCUUCCUUUUGGUCAUCCUAGGCACACUUGCACUGGCAGGAUCAAAUGUGGCCAGGGCUUACAGAAAAGAACAACGGGCGUAUCCUUCUCACAAUCCUUUUCUCCCUUGAUCAAAUCGCACACAGGAAGGCAGCAUAUUUCAACUACAACAUUGAUAUUGAAUGUAUAGGAACAAGCAUAUUAUCUGCAUUCAAUUUGGUGUAUUUACACUUGCAUACAUAUAUACAUACUUAUGUACACCAGAGGAAAACAGUAAACAGAGCCUCUUCAAAUUCUCAGUGUAUUCAUUCAGCACUGGUUGAAUAAUAACGUUUUUGGUUUGUGAAUGCUCGGUCUUGUAUCAGUCCUUGUCCCAAAUACAACUCUUCCCUCUAGCCACCACAAAUUUAGAGUUCUGAUGUAAAGUGAUUGAUAUUCUCAGGCACAAUCAAUGUUUGUUUCAUCG